AUGGGACAUGAGGAGCAUGGAGGGACUUGGCACAUGGAAGCAGCUCAACUGGAUACGCAAAGGAAGAAGGGAGAAGCCAUCUUGAAGACCAGCUCGACCGUCCACUCGACCAACCGGUCGAGUUCCUCAACUCGACCGGCCAAGCUUCAACUCGAUCGAGCUGGAGUCAAAGCGACUCCCCACACGGAAGUGAUGGCAUUCGCUGGAAAAGAUCCACUAAGAGCUCCAAUAUCUCUUGCUCUAGACAAUAGAGGUCUAAGGGGUUGGAUGGAUUAG